ACUCUAGCUUCUGCAAUUCGAAACCCUAACAAAACCCUAAUUGAAGAAUUGGGCUUAUUGUCUUCGAUUCCCGUUUCGUCUAGUUCCCGGAAUUUGUGGGAAAUGGAAUUCGACGAGUACGAGUACCUGGAGAUGAUGGCGGGGGAGGAGCAACAGGAACGAGACGGUUCGAAGAGGAAGAAGGAAGAGAGCGGGAAUGAGAAGAUCGAGAGGACUUACAGGAAGAGAGAUGGAGAGAGGGAUGAGGAAGAGAGAGGGAGCAGUCGGAGCAAGAGAUCUCGUGGAGACGGCGAAGAGAACGGCGGUAGUAAGAAGGACAGGGAUAAGGAAAGACAUAGGAGCAGCCGAGACCGAGACCGGGACAAAGACCGUGAACGCGACCGGGACAGAGACCGUGAACGUGACCGUGACCGAGAGAAAGAGAAGGAGAGAGAUAAAGAAGGCUCGAAAGAGAAGGACAGGGAUCGAGAGAGGAGGGAAAGAGAACGGGAGAGAAGAAGCAGCAGUAGGUCUCGGAGGGAAGAGAGGGAACGCGAACCUGAACGAGAAAGCAGGAGGAGUAAGGACAAGAAAGAGACAGUGGAGCCUGAAGCCGAUCCAGAGAGAGAUCAAAGAACAGUUUUUGCAUACCAGAUGCCUCUAAAAGCUACCGAGAGAGACGUUUACGAAUUCUUCUCCAAAGUGGGCAAGGUGAGGGAUGUGCGAUUGAUCAUGGACAGAAAUUCAAGACGAUCCAAAGGAGUUGGGUAUAUUGAAUUUUAUGAUGUGAUGUCAGUUCCGAUGGCUAUAGCUAUGUCUGGGCAGCUGCUUCUUGGACAGCCUGUAAUGGUUAAACCGUCUGAAGCUGAAAAGAAUCUGGUUCAGUCUAAUACCAGUGCUGGGGUUGCAGGUGGUACUGGGCCUGUUGAUAGGAAAUUGUAUGUGGGGAACUUGCAUUUCAACAUGACUGAGCUGCAGCUUCGACAGAUCUUUGAGCCGUUUGGUCCCGUCGAGCUUAUUCAACUACCUCUUGACCUUGAAACUGGGCAAUGCAAAGGUUUUGGAUUUAUCCAGUUUGCCCAGCUUGAACAUGCAAAGGCUGCUCAAAAUGCCUUAAAUGGGAAACUGGAGAUUGCUGGGAGGACAAUCAAGGUUUCAUCUGUUACAGAUCAUGUCGGUACACAAGAUACUGCACCAAAAUCUGCAGACUUUGAUGAUGAUGACGGAGGUGGACUGUCUUUAAAUGCACAAUCAAGGGCUCUGCUUAUGCAGAAGCUGGAUCGUUCUGGUAUUGCAACAGGCAUUGCUGGCUCUCUUGGAAUACCAGCUCUUAAUGGCGCGGCUCCCAAUCAACCAGGCAUUAACCUUCCCAUAGGUGGGCAUCCUACCUUCCCCACAUCAAUUCUUCCGACAGCAGCUAUCCCUUCUCCAGCCAUUGAACCUGUCGGUCAGCCAAGUGAAUGCCUUCUGCUGAAGAAUAUGUUUGACCCUGCGACAGAGACGGAACCGGACUUUGAUCUUGAUAUCAAAGAGGAUGUUGAGGAAGAAUGCUCAAAGUAUGGCAGGGUGAAGCACAUCUACGUUGACAAGAAUAGUGCGGGUUUUGUAUAUCUGCGGUUUGAGACGGUGCAAGGAGCAGCAGGAGCUCAGCGUGCAAUGCACACGAGAUGGUUUGCUCGAAGGAUGAUCUCUGCUAUCUUCAUGUCACCUGACGAAUACGAAGCCAAAUUCAAUGCGUGAAGGAAGGAAGCCACCACAGCCUGGUGAUCUAAUGCCGGUACAUUUAAAUUUUUGUUUUUUUUUUUCUGGUAUUAUGAUUUGUAACCAAAACCAUGAGCAAAGCCAAAUCCUGCAUGUAAUGUCUGAAAACUCUUAGAUCGUUAAAAGAUCACACAUAUGAUUUAUGGGUUCUUUUCUUUUUCUUUUUUGUAUCAUUGAUGGGUGCCAUGUUAAUGUAAGAUUCCAGGACC